AUGGAGAACACAUACGUUGGUCACCUCUCAUGGCUAAUAUCUUGGUUUCCGCACAAUGCCGAGCACCUCACGAUCCACUUCACCUCAGCUACGGAGCGGACUCGCUUUUCUAUUCCGGAACCCAUCAUUGCUCGGAAUUUUGAAAGGUUUCCCGAUUUUGGCCUAGGACGAGACCCUUGGAAGGAGAGACAGCCGUUGCCUCGUGAGUACGAGUUUCUAUAUGAAGAUGCCGAUGCCUUUGGUUUCAUCAUGAGCUUCCUCAUGACGGGAAACGUCCCUCAACAUCCGCAUGCCCGUGUUCGAUCGGCGUCCGACACGAUUACCGAACUCAUCCACGCCGGUGAACUAUCAUUUAAGCUCGGUCUUCGCUGUAUCGUGCGCUUCAACCGCGCAGUAUCUCUGCAAUUGCGACAGUUGCUGCUAGAGGACCGAACGGCGCUGCGCGAAAGGCUCAGGCAGGUAAUUGCGCAGGCAAUGGUUAAACCCUGGUUGCGUCACCUGGACAUCAGCCCAAUCGAGCCCGUGGACCUUUGCCCAGGCUCCGCCAACAUUGACAAGGAAUGGGACGAUGAUGACCCGGAAGAGUGGUCGAUUAUCAUCAAACAUUGCCUUGAUCUUAUAGGCAAGAGUGAACGUUUCAAAGCCGAUGUUAGGUGGUACAUGAUCCAGACACUUGAGAACAGAACAAAGUUCAGCUCGGUUAUCGCAGAUGCUUCCCGCCACCCUGUCACUUCGAUAAUCCCGGGCAGCCCACUCCCACCUGUCAGUUGGAGCUUUGUCACCUACCACUACAGCGAUCCCCUCGUACCUGCUGGAGGCAAAGUGAAGGCUCAACGCUUUACUACGACGCAGCUUUCCCAAAGUGGCUGA